GUGACGUUUGCUGGAAAAUGGCACAAAAAAACGAAUAAGCAGCAUUUUAAUGAAGGAAGAACAAAAGUGCCAUUUCUAUUUCCCUGCAGUUUUCACUUUUCACUUUUUCUUGUUCAGUUUUUCCCUGCCGUGGUUCCUCUUUUAUGUGCAUUUGUAGGCACUCCGCCGCGCCAGUAGUGGAAUUGUAAGGGAGUAUUAAAACGCGCCUUUUGACCACGAUAAGUAGGGAGCAGCUUGACAAAUUGGGGAAAUUACUCUGGGGUUGUGCCGUUUUGAAGGGCAUCUCGCGCGUUUACCAAUUGAAAUUGCGCUGCUCCCACUGUGCACUCCAGCAGGAAGCUCCCCGAGGAAGGCAACAACUCGUCCCAACACCCUGCGCGCUUCUACAUGUAUCUACAUGACGUACAAAAUGAUAUUACUUAUGCGAGACGGCAGUGUAAAAGAGACAAACAGUAGAACAUGUUUUUUUUUAAAAAUGCUAGAAGAUAUUGUUUUUACACCAAAAUAUAUGAAAAUAUAAAAAUUGUGAAGCGGGUGAAGUUGGAGGGUGGGGCCACCCCUUUUCCUGAUGGAGGGGGGGAGUCGAAGUUUCGGCCAACUGAGCCAGGACAGUCGUGUACCUCGGGGAAGGAACAGACGAAGGAGUGCAGUCCCUCCUUGAAGGACAUCCAGAAGGAUAAAAGUAAACAGUUUUACAAACAUGUGUAUCAACAAAUAAAACAGAAGAAUGUUAAGUUGGGGGAUUAUGAGGAGGGUUUGCCAGAUGAACUUCUUCAUGGAGGAGAGGCAGGAGAAGGCGCCCCCUUGGAGGAGGACCCGCGGGAGGGAAGUGGAAAAGAAGCCCCCAGGAAAAGCCCCCCCCGGUUUAGGGAACCCCCAAGUGAAGCCAAAACGGGCGUGUCGGAGAAAUGCCAACAAAGGGGAAACCCAAAUAGGAAAAAAAAAGAAGCGGCGCGAUUAACCCUCCAACGGGGCAUUCAAAGUGGGAAAGGCAAAAGCAUCAAGGGGGAAAAAUAUCUGAAGGUGAAAAAUAACUAUUUGGUAAGUAAGGAUGUCUAUUUGAAGGUUAAGGACGGGCAUGUGAGUGGACACAGUAAAGGCGGUAGGGAUCGGCAAGGGGAAGGUUCACCCGCAAAGUGGAGUGAAUGUUUGGCAACUCCCCCCUUGCGAUGCAGGGGGGAAAAAAACGAGGGAGGAUUAGAAGGGAGAAUGGCCCAUCAGUCUCGAGAAGGAGAUUCACCGAACGGCAUGCCAAACAGAGCAGCAGAAGGGAUGGGAACAAAAAUGGAUGGUAGAAACGAAGGGCAAAAUGGAAGCCUUAAAUGUAAAAAACUCCUUAAUGGAAAGGGCAACCACACAAAUAAACAGCAGGUGUUCCUCCCCUAUAAUGAUAACAGUAAGCUACUCAAAGGUGCACCAAAUGGGAAAGACAAUAAAGAGAACAUUCCUUUUGACCCCAAAUUGGAGAAGGCAAAAAAUGUGAAGGGGCAAUCCCAAGCAGAUGGCGAAGUGGCGGAUAAAAAUUACAUCGAUGUGGAGUAUGAACAAUAUUGGGGUAGCGAAAAGAUAAAAAAAAUUUUAGAGCUACAAAAAAGUAGGGAGAAAAUUCUGAAAAAUAAAUUAUUCAAAGGAGUAUUAUGUGUAUCCCCUUAUGACACGAGCAAAUGUGUUGUGGUUAGUGAAGAAGAUCCGUUGAGUUUUUUAAAAAAGGACGUUUUUACCAUUUAUGGCUAUAUUAGCCGCAACAGGGCACUGAACGAAGAUGUAGUGUAUGCCUAUACGGCUCGAAGAAAAAUCAAACGACCGGGAGAUUUAGAAAAUGAGGAGGAGAUUCUGGAAGAGAGUCAAGAGGGUACCACCUCGGUGAGCGAAAAGGAGGAAGAAAAAACGGAACAUUUUUGCAGAGUUGUUAACAUCGUUGAGCGGAGGAAUGCCCCAAUUGUGUGCACCUUGAAUUAUUUAAAUAUUAACAAAGGUAUAAGUAACACCUUUGGCAGGAAGGACGCACCACAGAUUAGAGGGGAAAAUAUGUUGAGCAAUCCUCCCAAUGUGAAGGCGCCCAAUAGGGAAGGAAGAAACGUAUUGGAUGACCCCAAGUGUGAACCACCUCCAAGGAAGACACCCAAAAAAGGGCAUAGAGAAAACACCCCCUUGUACGCCAAGGUACAGCCCGUAGACCCUAGAUUGCCCUGCUUCAUAUACGACUCCUCCAGUUGCAUGCUAAACAGACUGUUGCAUUAUUUGAAGAGGAAGAAAAUAAAUUUGUACGUCCUGGUGAAGUUUAAAAAAUGGGACACACACCAGAUCAACCCAUCUGGAAGCAUCACUACCAUUUUAGGAAAUGAAAAGAACUUUUUGGGCGUCAUUUAUUUUUUCAUUUAUUUUUACAAAAUACAUUUUCACAUUUAUGAGCGGAGUGAUAUGUCCUACUUGAAGAGCAAAAUGGAGGUGACCGACAAGGUCCUCGCAGCUUUGGCCAGCCGCCAGUGGGGGGAAGCGGCAUCGGGGGAAGCGGCAUCAGGGGCAGCAGCAUCCGGGGCAGCAGCAUCAGGGGUAGUAGCAUCCGGGGCAGUAGUACACCGAGGAAGAGAACCCCCCCCCAUCGAUCAGCACCGACUCAAAAUGGCCUACUUGAAAAACAUACAAGAAAAUAAUAAGCGUAUAGAAAAGUACAUGCUAAAAAGCUUCCUGAAAAAUAGGGAAAUUAUUACCAACCUGGAUGUAUUUACCAUAGACCCUCCGAGUGCAAAGGAUCUGGAUGACGCUCUGUCGAUCGAAUUUGUUGGCAGCGACACGAAUGCUGCAAAUGAGUUUGAGUACAAAAUAGGGGUGCAUAUUUCUGACGUCUCCUUCUUCGUGACCCCCGACUCGUUCUACGACAGGGUGGCCUCCAAAGUGUGCAACACGAUCUACAUGGACUUAAUGGUCAUCCACAUGCUCCCCUCCAUUUUGAGCGAAGAAAUCUGUUCCCUGAACACGCAGGGGGAGAAGCUGUCCUUUUCCGUCUUUUUCCGCCUGAGCAGUCGGGCGAAUCCGUACGACGUCGCGCAGGGGGAGAUCGGCGGAAGAGGAGACAGAAGCGAAAGAAGCGGAAGAGACGAACGAGACGAACGCGACAAACGCGCAACGAAUGAACGCAGUGUCGAAAUUAAGAAGAGCCUAAUCAAGAGCAGGCACAAACUGAAUUAUGACACGGUGGAGGAUUUCCUGGACGAAGUAUACGGCGGCCUCCACCAGAGCAACAGAAAUUUAAAGGAAAUGGAAGAAGCCAUUUUAGUGAGGGGGGAUCUGCCGUUAAGCUGUUUCCCCUUUGUUGUAAAUUUUGAAGAAACGUGCGAACGGUAUAGUCUGAGCAGCAAGGUGGGAAGCGACAUCUUUCGAUUAUUCCUCUUGUCCAAAAUGCUGAAGGAGAGGAGUGGGCGGAAGAGCGUCAACUCCAAGCCGUCCUUGUUAUUUUUGUAUAAUGAGGCCGCCGCGGGUGGGUCCUGUGCGCGCGAUAGGGGGGUGCCUAUCGGGGUGGAAGAGCUGGAGGAGAGCCAUGCAGUGGGAGGAGACAAUGUUAUCGGCAACGUUAGCGGCAAACUUAGCGGCAACCCUAGUGACAACCUCAGUGACAACCGCAGUAACCAUUUUAACGGCGAUGCACUGGACGACCGCGUGGAGGCCUUCCUGAAGAAGAGCGAAGUGCAAGCCCUGCUGAGCGAAAUGGACGUGGAAAACAUCCGCGUGGAAAAAGUCGAGUACAAAGCAAAGAGCCACAUGCUAAUAGAAGAAAUGAUGAUUUUAACAAAUUUUUUAGUAGCCAAUAAAAUCAGCCAAAGUAAAAAAUUGGGAAUCCUGAGGAUACAUGAAAAUACCUCCGAGGAGAUAAAAAAUAAUCUCCUUCACAUAAUUGACCAUAACACGUACAGCCGAAUUGAUGCCCUAAUUGACGUAAAAAGAAGCAGCAUUAAUGACAUUUUAAAAGUUUGCGAAGAAAUUCUGGACGCUAAUCAACUGCUGUGUAUGCAAUACAACAUUUUGAAGUACUAUAAGGAGGCCAUAUACAUCCCCUACACAGCGGGGGAGAAGAAGGCGCAUCACUUCGGCUUGGCGCUGACCAAAUAUAUUCAUUUCACCUCCCCUAUAAGGAGAUACAUCGAUAUUAUUACACACAGAAUUUUAGCUACUAUUGUGGAGGAUGACCAGAAGGGGUUAACUUACAGCUACGAGGAUUUGAAGAGAAUUUGCGAUCAGUGCAAUUUUCAGAAAAAAAAAACGGACGAAGCUCAGAUUCAUUUGAAGAAUGUCCUCCUUAAUAGAUACCUCGUAUAUUUGAACGAAGCCUACAAAGGGGAGAAGUCACUGGUGGGGAAUGCACCUAAGGCGGCUGCCAAAGGUGGAGGCAAUCUCACUUCGAAAGAUCCGUCACUAAGUGAGCUUCACCAAGAGGGGGGAAGAACCCCCCAUGGUGACACCGCACGGGGAAUCACCCGCUUUGAAAAAAAGAAGCACACAGCUGACCAACCCCAGAGGAAAGAAACGGAUCCCCUUACGCGAAAAGAAGGUGAACUGGAGGAAUCGUGUGAGCCUAUUAAGAAGUACUUCUACAGGAGGGACGGCCUCAUAUGCUUCCCAACCGAAGCGUACAUUCAAGAAAUAGUGCUAACCAAAAGUGUAAAAGAGAGCAUUUGCCUGAAUAUACUAUUUAAGAAUUAUAUAGAUGUGGGCGGAAUGGGCGGCCCUGAUGAGGAGCAUACAUGGAGGAUGCACACACACACGUACACUUCCUACAUGUUGAGCCCAUCCAAGGGAAGUAACCCUGUGGGUAGCCCCCCCGUGGAAAAGAACAAUUUGGUGAUGGACCGCCUGAAACUCAUAAACGAGGCAACCGACGAAAUGACCACCGCCAAUCACAAUAGAGAAGAAACCGCCAAGUGGAAAUUUAAAAAAAACCCAAUUGAAAAUGGCAAAUUGAAAAACGCAAUCGUCUUUUAUGUGCCCUUGCUAGAAACGGAGAAGUCAAUCAGUGACAGUUUGCUCAAUCUGACCUUCGCAUUUGUUUCUCUGUCGUAUGAGGAAAGUACCUUUGUGUGUGACCUCUCCAGAGGGGUGCUGUACAGGGUGGGCGGAAAUGCGGCUGCCAUGAGUGGGGCGCGCAGCGGUGGGACUCAGGAGGGGGCCGCGAAGGGGGAAAAGCGGACAACGGAAGGGCAGACAGCGGAAGGGCAGACAGCGGAAGGGCAGACAGCGGAAGGGCAGGCAGCGGAAGGGCAGACAACGGAAGAGCAGCCAACGGAAGAGCAGCCAACGGAAGAGCAGACGGACGGGCACGCGGUGCAAAACAGAGCAACCCUGCAUAUCCCCAGGAUUCUCGAAAAAAUAAACAACCCCCAAUUUAGCGUUAAGUACGAAGUGCUAAAACUGGAUGAGAAAGAGGCCUUUCAAAAAAUUUACGACGUUCUGUACAUCCAUGACGUUUUCUUCAAGCGGGUUGAUGAAGCCAAAUUGAGAGGCAGUCCCAGAGGGGGGUUGCCCCGUGAGAGUUCUUCCACCGAUGAAGAUGAUAAACGAGAUGUUCGUCUGAUGGAGAACCCUGCUCCUUUAUGUGGGGAAAAAAUCCAAACGGAUCAAGCAUCGAAUGAAGAGGCAAAAAAGGGGUGCGUUGGAGAAGGGCCUACCGAGGAGUAUGAAACGAUAAGCAGGUUUCAGAAGAAGGAAAUUUUGAUUGUCCCCGGGUCGCAGGUGUGGACCUUGCGCUUGGCAUGA